AUGAACGCUUCCCCGUAUUUGGACGACAAUAGAAGUCUCCCAGUUACUUAUCUUGUCGAUUGUAAAAUCCCUGAAGUUAGUUAUCUUGGAACACAAAACGUGACAGAGCGAGGGUUUGAGUGCCAGACGUGGGACAAACAGUAUCCACACAGACACAGCUACGGAUCCUACCCCGGGGCUCGUGAGAAUUAUUGCAGAGAUUUUGAUUCUGACGAACCGUGGUGCUUGACAACGAACAGAAAAGUGGUCUGGGAUCGGUGCAUAGUGCCUUCGUGUGGGGUAAAUGUGACAGCGAAUUCUUCCUCAUGUGCGUCUAUCGAUGAAUUGGAUAUAUCUGAACUGAAGAACGAAAGAAGUUGUGGAUCCUACUGCAACUGGAUUAGAACAACUAUAAAUGACGCAAUAACAAAAAGAAAUCUGCAAAAUGGACGUACAUGUGGAAUUCGGGACAAGAAGAAAAUAGUUCGUAAACACGAGCAGCUUCUUCAAAGGGGCACCUAUACACCAUGGAUGUGCUCCAUCUCAAUAUUUGACGGCAAUAAAGAUGAUUGCAUUACCCCAGAACAUCAAGAACCGGGCGUUCAAUGGAACAAGGAAAUACUCAGUUGUACCCGCCUUAAACUAUACAUCUUGUUCAGAUUAAAGGCAGAAUGUGUAGAAAUGAAUUCAGUAUACAGAGAUUACCGAACAAUUCACAUAUAA